CCUGGUGAAUUCUAACGUUUACGAUGACCAUUUGGUUGCGCCAGCUGAGUUUUUGCAACUUUUUGACGAGUUGACGACAUUUCUGUUGAAGGUUUAAUGUUGGUUUGGAUUUUUGGUGUGGUUUUAUAGUUUUGUUGUUAGUUUGUGGUAGAAUGUCAGUCUCAAUCUUGUAUUUUUGUGUAACAAAGUCAUAUAAUAACAAAGCAAUGUUGGAAAACAUGACUUUUGUCUGGAUGUCAAGAGAUAAUAAGAAAUAGAUGUGAAAAUAAUCCAGAUAUGUUAAAUAUAUUCGACUAAACAUUAUGACCAGUACUGUAACUUUUGACUUCAUGUCAUAUUAGCACUAUUUUAGUUUUAUUGCUUCACACAUUUCCAUAAUCCUAAUAAACAGAGUCAGUGACAGAGUUCACGCUGCCUCUGAGCCUUACAUGAUAAAAGCUUCAACAAACUGGAUUUAAUUGUUUUAAUUGUUGCUCUCGUACCUGAUAAUAGGUUUGAACCUUUAGAUGAGAUUUAAUGAUGCUUUUGUUUAAAAAUAAUGCAUUUCUCAAUAAAACAUGUUGUUAUUUUAAAGUCUUAUUAAAAUGCAUUAACAGUUGCUUUGUGAGCAAAUGCAUUUCACUUAAUUCUUCUGUUCAGCUGAAAACUCUGCCGUUUUCCAAUUAAAUGUCAACCGAGUUCUUCUUGUCAACAUUUUGCUCUGAUUUACACAUUUUUUAGUAUUUGUUUGUUUUUUUAAACACCAGUAGAAUAAAAGUUUAGUCAAAACCACAUAAAACAAACUGCAAAAACAGUUUGAACAAACAGAAUCUGUGAUGAGGGAACCCCAAAUCUGUGACUUUGAAGUCUCAAUUUUGCAACAAAUGAUGAACCUGUUGCAUAACAUCCUGAUUACAGCAAAAAGAGACAUCCUAAGACCAGUACUUUUCAAAUCUCUGCUGCAUGUUGAGCAAACAGAGCACUGACGAAUUUCAGAGAACAUCUAAGGUUAAUCAUUCACUUUGCAUAAUAAUCAGUGUUGGGCAAGUUACUUCAAAACUGUAAUACAUUAUUUAUUACUUGUUACCCUCAUUUUAAAGUAAUUCAUUACAUUACAAUAUUACUGAUUUUAAAAUGUAAGGCAUUACACUACUUUUGCAUUACUCUAAGUUACUUUCAACAAAACAACUUCAGUAUGAGUUUGGUAAUCUGAUGCCUGGUGAACUCAUGACACAUCCGGUGGAAGGUGAUGUGGUGUCUGAGCUAGGAUUGCUGUUAAAAACAGAUCUUUAGAAGGGUUGUUUAUGAAAUAAAUGAAACAACAAUCUGUACUCUCAGCACGCUGCCAUCUUAGAUUAACUGAGCAGGGAGUGAGGUGGUGGGGGCUCCAAGUCUAUUUAGCCUUGGUCCCCAAAUGCCUUGAUACGGCCCUGGAUGUGGGACUGGCUUCUGGGGUGAUCUGAUUCUAUCACAUGUAUAAAUAUUGAAUGCUUAUAUAUUUAUUGCUUUUCACUGGUAAAAAUGUGUAUUGGGGAUACAUCUACCUACUUUUUGUCUUUUCAAGCCCUUUGUUUUGUUUUCUUGAUUUUAUUUGAAAUAUUUCCUGCCCUUUCUCUCUCUAACCGGCCUGCAUGCUGCAUGUUUUCUCCGUCUUCCAGAAAAAACCGUUUCCUAGACUUCCUACUUUCUAACCAUCAGCCAAAGGAAUCUUCACAUGCGCGGUGCUCCAGCAGCAAUGAGUUAAAAUCACCGGGGCCCAGAUUAACUCAGAUGAGGCAAAGCACGUCAGAAAAGUACAGAAUACCAGAGAACAUGCGCUGAUAUGAACGAUCACAGGUGAAUUAUUUUGUUUUAGUGGAGCGAUUUUGUGAAUGUUACAGCGGCCGUGUGCAGGACGCAGCUGGAGUAUUUGAGCCGGUACCGCUGCGUCCUCUCUGCCUGCAAAGCUGAGUCCAUAAAUGACGUAAUAUAUGCAGAUACUGGAACUUUUUUCAGGUUUCCCGCAAUUUGAAUUUUUAAGAAACGCAUCUUGAUUCUGGGUUUAAAAUGCAUUGUAAUUACUGUGUUACUGACAAUUGUACCGAGUAAAUAUUACCAUUUUCUUUCCCUGUAAUGCCUUACAUUACCACAUUACAACAAAAAGCAAUGCAUUACAGUAAUUAAUUACUUCUGUACCGCAUUAGUCCCAACACUGAUAAUAAUUAGCUCAGUUUUUAGCUCAGGAUUCUGCAGGAUCAACACAUCGUUUAACAGUGUUUUAUGGUGUUGUUGGGAGGAAUUGUUGUUAUAGUUGCUACUAUGAUUAAGAUGUUUUAAUGUGCAUCCAUGGAUGGAUUUCCGCUCUUGAGUGAAUCAAAUGGCGCAGCCUCCUAAAAGGUCUCUCGCCACAGCUGAAAGUUUAAUUUCUGCUUGCUGUGACUCAGAAUCCUACUUGGAUUUUAAUUGCAUCCCAUCAGGGAGGCUAAUGAGUGUGCUUUGACUCAUUUAAUUUCCUAAAGAUAACCAAAGGCUUUCCAGUGCAGGAGGAGGAAAUCGAGGAAGGCUGAAUACUGUUCUGUGCAGCAGUUCGAACACAAACACACCCUUCAAUCAUUUUUCUUUUCUGCAAACAAUGAAAGCAUGUCAGUGUGAAGCCUGGUGAGACUUUGUGCUUGAACAUAUGUUUUUAGAAUGCAUUUAAACAUCUGGGGCUUGUGUUUUAGUGCUGAGGCUGUUGUAACCAGCCAGGAGGUGGCAGGCUCAGGCUUUUUCUGUGAUCUGCUGCUCUGGUCUGCUGUGGUGGAAUCCCACACUAUGGUGCAAUACUGAUCUGUUAUUGGGUAAAAGGAAACACUUCAGUCUGGUUAAGAUGUUCUUUCAGGACAUGGGUCUGUCGCUGAAACUUGAACAUGGACCAAGAGAAGGACGUCCAGGAUGACCACAAAAUGAGCAAUUCAGGGAAAAGCUCUGGAAAGCAGCGCAUCACAGCCUGCCUGUUUAGUGCAGCCUUCUUCGGAGCCCUCGGGUCAUCUUUCCUUUAUGGCUACAACCUGUCUGUGGUCAACGCUCCAGCUGGGUUCAUCAAAGCGUUCUACAAUAAGACGUGGGUUGAGAGAUAUAGGGAACCCAUCCCAGCAGGCACAACCACCCUCCUCUGGUCCUUCACUGUGUCCAUAUUUGCCAUCGGAGGUCUUCUUGGAACGUUUUCAGUCUCUUUCAUUAUUAAAGCCCUAGGAAGAAAGGGAACAUUGCUGCUGAAUAACACCUUCGCUGUAGCAGCGGCUCUGUUGCUGUCGCUGGGCAAGAUGUCCAAAUCAUUUGAGAUGCUCAUCAUCGGACGGAUUAUUAUAGGGGUGAACUCCGGUAUCGCUCUCAGUGCUCUCCCCAUGUACCUGGGAGAGAUUUCUCCAAGACACAUCAGAGGUUUCAUUGGCCAGUUUAACUCCAUACUGAUCUGCUUGGGAGUGUUCACAGGACAGGUGCUGGGACUCCCAGAGCUGCUGGGUCAGGAGUCCAGGUGGAUUUACCUGUUUUCCUUCCUGGCCUUUCCAGCAGUGCUACAGCUGUUUGUCCUGCCCUUCCUUCCUGAGAGUCCUCGUUAUCUGCUGAUGGAGAGGAGGGAUGAGGCGGGAGCAGAAAGAGCUUUUCAGAGGUUUUUGGGGAAGGAGGAUGUGUCCCAGGAGCUGGAAGAGGUCCAUGCGGAGGCACGGGCUCAGGACAACCUCCAUGCUGCCUCUGUGCUACAGCUGCUGAGGAGCCCAGCUGUUCGUUGGCAGCUCAUCACCAUUGUCAUCACCAUGGCCUGCUAUCAGCUCUGUGGCCUCAAUGCUAUCUGGUACUACACUAAUGGGAUCCUAAAGGCUGCUGGCUUUGCUGAGAACAUACUCCCCUACAUCACCUUGACCACAGGAGCUAUAGAGACUCUGGCUGCCAUCGUCUCAGGCCUGGUGAUAGAGCGAAUUGGAAGAAAACCGCUUCUAAUAUUUGGUUUCUCAUCCAUGGCCGUCUUCUUCAGCCUGCUCACAGUUUUUCUAAAUUUCCAGGAUAGUGUGUCAUGGAUGCCGUACCUCAGUUACAUCUGUAUAUUAGCUGUGAUUGCAGCCUUCUGUUCCGGGCCAGGUGGAAUUCCAUUUGUCCUGACUGGGGAGCUUUUUGAACAAUCCUACCGACCUGCUGCCUUCAUGAUCGCUGGCACUGUAAACUGGCUUUCUAACUUUGCAGUGGGCCUUUUAUUUCCAAUCAUUCAGGAGAAGUUGCAGACAUUUGCUUUCCUGGUGUUUGUGGUCGUCUGCACCCUGGGGUCUAUUUUUCUCUGCCUUUUUCUUCCUGAAACCAAAAAUAAAACAUUUAUUGACAUCAGCCAAAGCUUUGCUAAAAUCAACAAAAUACCCAUUCCACCUUCUGGCCAAGAAAUGGAACUGGUUCUGUCCGUGAAACCUGACAUGAAUGGGAAAGCUCCAGAUGCAGCAAAGAUGGAGAGCUCCUUCUAAGUGAAUUGCAUCUUUGUUUUAGGUGAAGCAGGGUCAUAACAUGAAAAAAAUCACAGUACUUGGUAUGUUUACUUAUUUAUUUAAUAAUUAUAAUUAAGGAAAUUGUAUCAUAUGCUUUUGUAUGUUUUAUACAAUUUCAUUUUUAAAGGUUUUAUUUCUUUUUUUGUUUGUUUACAGUGAUUUUUUAUUAUUCCUUCUCAAAAAUAAAAUAGCCAAAUUUCAUUUACAGGUAAUCUAUUUGUUGGGAAUAUUCAAAUUAAAUUAAUCCCAAACAGAUUAAUCAAGAAUGCACAAUGUCUGUUUUUGUUGUGUCUGAACUGGGCCCGUCUGCCUUGUCUCACAUUCAAAUUGCAAAAGCUAAAUUAGUCAAACUGCCUGCUUCAGUCACUCCCAAGCAGGUGUGAUAAAAUAUCUGAUAGAAGCAAUUUCUAGUGAAAAUGAAAUACAAAUUAAAUGAGAAAGAAAAAUAAUUGGUGGAAUACAUUAUUAGACAUAUUACAAAAACAACUAAAAUAGUCAACAACAACUUACUAAAGGUGGAACCCCAAAAGCAUUCAAAGCCAGCAUUUGAUUUGAUUCCUCUGGGCUUCUGUUAUAAAACGCAUGUGCUUAAUGAUGGAGAGAUGAGUACUUGAAUUUUUUCUUAUGAGAAAAAAUAAAUUGUUCAUUUUAAUUUAGCUCUACACUAAUUUAAACAUAUAUUUGAAUGUCAUACUGAUCACUGACACACUGAGGCAUAUACUGUAAAAGAUUGAACAUUGAACACUAAAACUUAAAAAACAUUACACAGCCUGUACCAUAGAGAUACUGCAGCUCACUAAACAUAUGCACACAUAAAACAUUUCAUUUUCAAUCCUUUAAGUAUUGGGACCAGGGUGGGAUCAUUUAUCAUGAUUCCUGAUCAUGCUGAGUUUGAAAGACGGCGGCCCACAGAGUGGAAUUAGAUCAAUCAAUGUGAAGUUUGAGAUCCAGGCCAUUGAGGACAUCAGUACAGUAAACGGUCUGUGAUCACACUAUCUUGUCAUAAUCUGGAUGUUUACUCCUGUACACAACAUCUGCAGACAAUCUAGCAUGAGAAACAAUGACGCUGUAAUUCAUUCAAAGCUGCAAAAUAAACAUAUUCAACAAAUCAACUCGACAGCCUUUAACUCUGCAGAGCAGCUUCUUGUUACACAGAUUUGAAUGAAAGUACAUUUUGAGGUAGAUAACUUUAGUUUAAUGAUUAGUUGGUUAAUGUGCUGUCAGCUUUCAUCACUGAAUAUAAUCAACAAAGUGUGAAUGCUUGAACAGUUCUUAUAUUUACUUACAAAUGUCAAACAAGGAGCCUGGACUCUCAGUCAGGGACCUGAAGGCCAGUGUUCAGUCUGCCUCACUGUUUGGAAGGCAUUAUAAACUUCUUAAAGCUCAGACACAAGUAGCUUCAAUAAAUUAUGUAAUCUUAAAAGUUUCUAAUUAGGGGUCAGUGUAGCUGCAUGGAUGAUCCUGGCAAUUGUAAGGACGUCACAUCGGUAUGUUUGAACUCUAAAUAGAUUCAUUCUGAAUGACUUUAGUAUGUAGAUAUUGAUUGCAUUUGGUGUAGGUGCAGACAAAAAAAAAUAACGUGUCCAUCUUAUGCCCCCAGAAAUGAUGGACCUGUUGGACCGCAACAAUUCUCAGAAGGUGGUAUGUCAUGAGGAGGACACCUGGGAUAGAGCUCUGCUAUUCAACCAGAGACCAAGUCUGUCAUGAGUAAGCUCGAUGGGACAGGUCGGUUUGGACCAACUAAUUAAGUUUAUUGGCUGGGCCAUGUCAGGCUUCAAUGGUAGAGAGAGAGAUAAAGGAAGAAGGACCUUUAGUGUGGCUGGCAGCACAAUAGAGGAGAGGGGGAAGCUCCACAAACCAAACACAGGGGAAGCAUUACUAUUCCUUGAUACUAUGUGAAUAUGGUGGGAGAGCCAGUUUUGGGGUCCAAGUCUGUCAGGUCACUUAAGUUCUGGGUUGAAUUUUUGGGCCCGUUGAGAAUUCUAACCAGGGAAGUCAUGUAUAAAAGCAUUGCAUACACCCUUUUCCACACACAACUCAGUGAAACAUGUGCAACCCCACACAAACUUCAAAGCUCGUAUUUUAUAAAAAUGUAUUAUAAAUAUAGUUAUUGUUCACAACAAAGACAUAUGAUUGGAACUGAAAACAGGUCUACAGUGAUUAAAACACUGUGAUCCAGAUUGCUCUUCUUCAGAAGGGGCCUCACCACUGCACCACUGAAGUCAAGACGAUUUUAUUUUACCACUCAACACAGCAGCUGACCAAAAUGUGUACAAAACCAUUAAAACAAAAGAGUAACAUUUCAUAAAGGAGUACAGACAAACAAGAAAAAAAAACAGUGGCAGUACAAUAUAGAGGGUUACACAAAUAACAUCACAGCUAAACGCACAACAUGUCAAAACAUUAAAAGCCAAAAGCUAAAUUAAAAAAGGGAGCCUUUAGUCUUGAUUUAAAACAAGCAAUGGAGGGAGACUGUCUCACCACAAGAAGAAGCUCAUUCCAGAGUUGAGGAGCAGCGAACACAAAAACACAUUCCUCAUUUGAUUUAUAGUAUAGUGUGUUCUCAGGGUUCAGAGAAGGAGAUGGUCAGCAGACCUCAGUGAGCAGGUAGGUAUGUAACAGGUGAGUACCUCUUAGAGACAGGACGGAGCCAGUUCAUGAAGGGAUUUAUAGGCAAAAAGCAAGAUCUUACACCAAAGAUAGUGUAGAUUAGUGAGUACAGGAGUGAUGUGAGUGCACCUAUCCAAGUUUGACAAAAAAUGUGCUGCCGCAUUUGGGACCUACUAAAGACGGUCUAGCAAAAAUUUGUUUUCACAGAACAGAACAAAAUUUGCAUAAUCAAGUCUUAAGACAUAAAAGCAAAAAUAACAAAUUCUAGGUGGGAUCUUUUAAGAAUAUGUUUAGGCCAGGUUAUGCAACAGAGUUGAAAGAAACAAGAUUUAAUGGUUGCAUUAACUUGAGGAGACAUGAGCCUCAUUUAGAAAACAAUGCCGCUAAUUUGCUGCAAGGCUGUGGUGGCCUUAGGUCGUAUAUCUCAUCUAAUUCCGUUUACAAAAGCCAAACGUAUUACCCGUGUUUACUUUCAUUUUCAGUAUGGUUUCCUGCCCGAGCUCGGCAGUAAAUUUCCACGUGAUCUGUUACGUCAAGGCAUAAAAUGCCCUCACAAGUCCGGCGUUGCAGUAAUAAUACUACCAAGCGUGGCGGCAUCAAUGCCACAAAAUUCGUGCAAUAACAUAAUACUGCCGCCACUGUGUGUCUUAUGAACACGCCGUGGUGGCAGUAUUAUGCUGAUUUGCUGGCAUGGUGUGUCUUCUAUAAAGGGCUAUGGAAACGUCAGAGUUGAGCUUAACACCCUCAGACCAGUCACACAGGAUUUAAAAGAAACGGAGAGUGGAGUAGGAUCUGGAUAUGGUGGGGGUGGUUUUAGGACAAAAAACUGCUUCAGUUUUUCCUUCAUUCAGAAGAAGAAAAUUCAAUACCAUUCAGUUUUUAA